UCUAUUACAAAGUCAUUUUUGUGUAUCUAUAGUUUGGUGUACCUACCAAUACCAUUACCAAACCCAAAAUCCCAUUACAACAAGUGUUGUAGGCACGGCACGCAAAGGGAAAGAAGGCAAAGAACAAGAAAGCAAGCAUGGCUGCUUCAUUAGAAGAUGUUCCUUCAGAAAGCCUCAUGUCUGAAGUUCUCCGCCGUCUGAGAUGUUCUUCUAAGCCUGACAAACGACUCAUUCUCAUAGGUCCACCGGGAUCCGGAAAAGGUACACAAUCUCCUAUCAUAAAGGAUGAAUACUGCUUGUGCCAUUUGGCCACCGGUGAUAUGCUCAGAGCUGCUGUUGCUGCUAAAACUCCACUCGGGAUUAAGGCCAAGGAGUCUAUGAACAAUGGUGAACUUGUGUCUGAUGACUUAGUUGUUGGUAUAAUUGAUGAAGCAAUGAAGAAAACUUCAUGUCAAAAAGGCUUCAUUCUUGAUGGUUUCCCAAGGACAGUGGUUCAAGCAGAAAAGCUAGAUGAGAUGCUUCAGAAGCAGGGGGCCAAGAUUGAUAAGGUGCUCAAUUUUGCAAUUGAUGAUGCAAUCUUGGAAGAGCGGAUCACAGGCCGGUGGAUUCACCCUUCAAGUGGUAGAUCUUAUCACACCAAAUUCCAACCCCCAAAAGUUCCUGGCGUCGAUGAUGUCACUGGAGAGCCUUUAAUUCAACGGAAAGAUGAUACUGCUGAGGUUCUCAAAUCAAGGCUAGACGCAUUUCACCGUCAAACUGAGCCGGUAAUCAAUUAUUAUUCCACCAAAGGUGUUGUUGCAAGCCUUCAUGCUGAGAAACCACCAAAGGAAGUUACUUCUGAGGUUAAAAAUGUGUUAUCUUCUUGAAAAAGAUCAUCUAUCACAAGAAAAUUGAGACAUUUUUUUUUGUAUUAUCGGAAAAAAAAUCUUUCUGAUUUUUUGUUGUGUUAUCUGCGGCUUUUUGUGCAAGGCCCUGAGGAAUUAUUGUUUGUAUGGGGAAUUUUUGCUAAUAAUUUUAGAAAUAACUCCACAUUGGAAUAAUAAUCCAUAUAAGCCAAAUCUUAAUUUGGGAUUUGAGCAUAGUUAAUUGAUAUGUGAUUUGAGAAUUAUGUUUGGUUGUUGUAAAA